GGGAGGGGGGGGAGGAGGAACAGCCGCAGCGGCCGCCUGAAGUUCCUGCAGAGGAGCCCCGAAAGGACAGGUCGUUAAUCGAUUGGAAACUGAUCAAUCGUUAAUUGAUUGGAAACUCUGAUCCGUCAUUAAUUGAUUGGAAACUCUGAUCCGUCGUUAAUUGAUUCUCCUCUGUCAUUAAUUGAUCACAACCUCCAUUUUGUAAUCGGCGCCGAUGUCGCUCCAGGCGCCGAUUCCGGCCUCCAUUUUGCACAGAAUUCGAACCCAGGUCUCGCCGCCAUCGGAGGAGGAGGAGAAACUAGACACCAUUUUUAGCCGCGCAACCGCUAUGGACUCGGUCCCCCACGCCGCGUGUCCGCCACCACCAUGUUGAUCCGCGGCCACCCAGACUUUGCGGCAGACGCGGUCUACAUUGCGCUGGAGUUGGUCAUCGCGGCUUUGGCUGUAGCGGGGAACGUGCUGGUCAUGUGGGCAGUCAUCCUGAACAGCAACCUGCAGAACGUGACCAACUACUUUGUGGCGUCGCUGGCGGCGGCCGACGUGGCUGUAGGCGUCCUGGCGGUCCCUUUCGCCGUGACGGUCAGCACCGGGUUCUGCGCCUCGUUCUACGGAUGCCUCUUCAUCGCCUGCUUUGUCCUGGUCUUGACCCAGAGCUCCAUCUUCUCCCUCCUGGCCAUCGCCAUUGACCGCUUCAUCGCCAUCCGGAUGCCCCUCAGGUACAACGCGCUGGUGACCGCGUCGCGCGCCAAAGGCAUCAUCGCCAUCUGCUGGGUCCUCUCCUUCGUUAUUGGCUUGACCCCCAUGUUGGGGUGGAACAGGCGCCCCGCAGUGGGGAAUGCGGGGAAUGCUGCGCCCGACGUUAACGUAUCCUCCGCCUCCAACGCUGCCGGCACCAACAACUGCAGCGCCAACAUGGUGCCCUGCCUCUUCGAAGGCGUAGUAACCAUGGAGUACAUGGUCUACUACAACUUCUUCGCUUGCGUCCUCCUCCCACUGCUCAUGAUGUUCGCCAUUUACUUGAAGAUUUUCAUGGCAGCGCGGCGACAGUUGAAGCAGAUUGGGAACAAAAUGGCGGCCGCGUCGGCGCAUGGUGAGCGCUCCUCCUCGUCCUCCAUUUUGCAAAAGGAAAUCCACGCUGCAAAGUCGCUCGCCAUCAUCGUCGGGCUCUUCGCCGUCUGUUGGCUGCCGCUCCACGUCGUCAACUGCUAUACGUUAUUUUGCCGUGGUUGCGAGCGGCCGCCUCUGUGGCUGAUGUACGUCGCCAUCUUGCUCUCGCACGCCAACUCCGUCGUCAACCCGCUCAUCUAUGCCUACCGCAUCCGCGAGUUUCGCCAAACUUUCCGCAAGAUCCUCAGAGGACACGUUUUGCGCGAAACGGCGCCGCCGCGGUGCCAGACAGCGUCAGCACAUGGCAGGGAAAACGGGGAGCGUGGCGCCAUUGUCGUAGAUUCCUAUGACGGCGUCCCGAGUAAAACAGGCGCAGAACGGAACGGGUUCGACGGAGGUGCCAACGGGGACGCCGGGUGCCAUUUUUAUCGAAACGGCGCAGUUUCGGCGAGGAAGGAGGAACGGUUUGACGAAGGUCUCCUCGCGUGCCACGAGUCGUUGUUCAUGGAGUCGGAGACAUCGGCGUUUGACCUCUCUAGCGUGUCUUGAGGGCACUAUCCUCCUCACGUGGUCAAAUAUUUGCCAUUUCGAGAGCAGCGGUGAUGGCGGUGAUGGUGACAGUGGCAGAAAACGAAGCGAUUUAUUUAAAACGAAGAUCUGGAAAAAGGAACAAAUACGGAGGGAUAAAAUGGGUGCGAAUUGUAUAUGCUCCACCCAGAAACGUAUUCGCCGUUCCAUGCGUCCGCCAUUUUGGUGCAGUUUUUGGAAUUUGGCGACUCUGGGACUUUAUAAAAGACAUGUUUGUUGCUG